UUAGGGCACACGGAAUUUAGAUCCCCACUUUCCCAUCCGCUGGGAAAUUUCCAGCAAUUCACUGAGCGAAAUUCUUUAGCCAUUGAAGAUGAAUAGAAUUUCUCUGCGUUACGCUCGCAACGGUAUUCCCUUUUUCUCUUUCAUUUCAAUUCGAACUUAUUCUUCCUGCAAUAGUAAUACAUCCAUUUCAGUAAAGGGUAAAUUUGGGGUAAAUAGCAAAUUUGAGAACGUCAAGUGUUUAGAUGAUGCUCUGACUCUCUUCCAUCAAAUGGUCAGAGUGAAGCCUCUUCCGUCUCUUGUCGACUUCUAUAAAUUAUUUAAGACUAUGCUAAAUAUGAAGCAUUACUCUGCUGUAGUUUCUCUUUUUAAGAAAUGCAGAAAUGGAUAGAGCGAGGAGACUUUUGGAUUUCAUGAUAGAUAAAUGCAUUGAACCUGACAUUAUUAGCUAUAACAUACUAAUAAAUGGAUAUUGUAAGAAAAAGAAGUUGGAUGAGGCCACACAGUUGUUUCGUGAAAUUUCUCGAAGGGGAUCAAAGCCUAAUAUUGUUACCUACAAUACCAUCUUGCAAGGUCUGUUUGAAGUUGGACGGAUUGGCUCUGGAAAAAAGUUCUUUGAUGAGAUGCUAUCUACGGGGCUUGUACCUGAUUUAUGCAUUCAUGGCACAUUGCUCAAUGGUUAUUUUAAGUAUGGACUUGUUGAUGAAGCUAUGUCACUCUUUAAUGAGUUGGAAAGAAAGAGAGGAAAGUCUGAUAUUGAAUUUUACAAUGUUGUCAUUAAUGGAUUGUGCAAAAAUAGAAAACUUGACAAAGCUCAUGCUAUUUUUGAGAAGCUUUCUUUUAUUGGAUUGCUUCCGAAUGUGAGAACAUACAAUACAAUGAUAAAUGGACUUUGUCUUGAAGGGUUGUUAGAUGAAGCUAAAGAUAUGCUAAGAAAAAUGGAGAACGAUGGUUGUUUGCCAAACGGUAUCACUUACAACGUUAUUGCUCAAGGAUUUCUCAGGUGCAACAGAAUUAGUGAAAUGACAACUUUUAUGAAGGAAAUGGCUGGAAGGAAAUUCUCAUUUGAUGCAACUACAACUGCGUUAUUGGUAAAUGUUAUAAGGGAGAAUCCUUCUGUCCUUGACAUGAUACCAGAGCUUCACUUGAAAAAUAACAAGUGAAUAUUUCUUUCGCUUGGUUUAUCCGGCUACACAAUCACUGUGAUACAAUUUCCUUUUACCUCUCAAAAGAAAUCGCAUCUGAUGCAAUCACAUAAUCUGGAAAAAAAGGCAAUUAGAACAUUUCUCGAGCUUUCCAAGCAUGCCUAUUGAGGAGGUUCUUCAUUACAUCCAUCAGAUUGAAUCUUUAUCUCAUUUCAUACUACCAAUGGUAUGAAAUGCCUACUGCAUCAUCAGCUCAAUCCGCGGAACCACAUAGGCUCAAGGGUGGUCAGUCAAACAAUUUUGCUGGAAAAUUAGACUGCAUAUACUAAAUCGUGAAUGUCCUCUGAAAUUCCUGUCACCAUUGCAUAAGCUCAUAAAAUUUAGUGGGCUUUAAUGUUUUGAUAGGGAACUAAGAAUACGUUCAUGUUGUUUUCACUUACUGUCUUUUGUAACAACAUGGCUCAAGAAAUGCUUAUACAAUUAGCUAGUACUCUUCUUUUUCCUUUUAAAAAUAAUUCUUACUUAAAUCCAAUUUACUAUGAAUUCACAACUCUCCGGCGCUAUCAAUAUUAUUCCUGCUUUUCAUUUUAUAGGCACUAUAUUCUGUUACUCCAUCCCAAAAAGGCGAAAUUUUUAUAUUUGGAAACAAUAUAUUUUUGAACUGUUCAUUGGAAGAAACUUAAUGACAUAAAGACUGGAAUAAUUGAGUAGUAUUUGGAUGGGAAGUAUCUGCUGACUCCAACAUGCAAAUACUCAGUCAGCAGAAGCUAUAUUUGCAAUGAAA